AUGUCCAACGAUCCCACGGCUCGCAGGCUGCUCCCUCAGACCUCUCCGAUGGGAACCUUUGCUUUUGCGCCGCCAGUCUACCAGCAGCAACCUCGCGAAACCCAGAAAAAUUAUGUCUUUGUUGAUGAGCAUAACCGACACAAGCGGCUCAAGGUGAUGAGAGCAUGUGAGGGCUGUCGAAGGAGAAAAAUCAAGUGCGAUGCAGCAACAACCAACACUUGGCCCUGCUCGGCAUGCAUCCGUCUGAAGCUGCACUGCGUUCGUCCGAAUGGGUUUGACAACUCCGAUCCCCAAGUCUAUGAGCCGCCGCAACCCCAGUUUGAGGCCCAGCAGGUACCCGACAACUUCAGACAGCAAUUGCCGCUGCAACAGCAGCAGCUUCUUGCACAUGCGCCGAAACCAGAGCCCAUCUAUCCCACGCAGACUUCGUACCAGGACGCUACCGGACUCUAUCAUCAAGUACAGUACGGGGGCCCCCAGUCUGUGUCGCACGACUUGCAGUACGCCCCCGUCCACUCGCAGUAUGCGGCACAGACAGAUGCCUUCCCCACGCCGCCGCUGCAGCAUGCUCACAAUCCCGCUACCCCAGAAGACACGUUCCAGUCCGAGUACGGCCAGCAAGACCUGGCUGACCUCCUGGGCUCCCUGAAAGUCAAUGAGGCCGGGACCGCUCCAUACCUAAACAGCAAGAUGCAGUCCAGCCGGGAUGAAGAGCCCCCCGUGGAGGAUGGGGAUGAAUACAAGACUUUCCUGCCUCCGCUAACGACAGGUCCGGGUUCCAAGAUUCGCAUCCCCCCGGAGCUGAUGCCCGAUGACGACAUGGUUCUUCACUAUCUCGAACUGUAUUUUGUCAAUGCUCAUCCUUACGUGCCAGUUCUGGACAAGAGCUACUUCUACCACCAAUGGCACAACAACAGGGAGUCGAUUUCUCCCCUGCUCCUGGAAGCCAUGUUCGCCAUUGCCGGUCGUCUUGCCGACGAGCCUGCUCAGGGCCAGCAAUGGCUGGCGAUGGCAACACGGCACGCUGACUCCUUUAUGGAUGUACCCCGGCUGAGCACGCUCCAGGCAUUGAUGAUUCUCUUGAAGGCACGGGAAUCGGCACCGAAAAAGGGCUACUACUACCGGUCGUGGAUGAGCAUUGUGCAGUGCGUUCAGCUAGCCAAGGACCUCGGGUUGGACGAGCACCUGGCGGAUCACCAGGCCGGCAGGUCCUGCGGCGGAGAUGCCGCCGAGUGCGCACUGAAGACAAGAAUAUGGCAAACUAUAUAUGUGGUUGAGUUGAUGAUUGGCUCACCGCAAGGUCGAACCGACUUUCAAGUUGAAGAAGACAGCGUCGACUUCAACCUCCCACGACGGCUACCAAACGGCGAAGAGGGCGAAUACCUAGUCUCACGCAACUUCACUUAUUUCACAAGGAUCGUUCGCUCGAUUGGCCGUAUGGCAAGGACGUAUGGGCGACUCAAGAAGAGCAAGGAAUGGGGCAUCGACCCCGAGUUCGUCCAGCUCGAUCCAUCUUUGAACGCGUGGUUGGCCGGACUCCCGGCCGACUUGACGUUGAGCUAUCCGGCAGACGGGUCGCCGCCUUGGAUUCCAUCGGCCUUCGUCGGGAACCUCCACUCGUACUACUACCUAACCAUCAUCCUGUUCAAUAGGCCGCAAUUGGCCGUCUUGAACCCGUCGACAACACAAUGGAAGCAGCACAUGGUGGUGUCAUACAACGCAGCCAAGAUGCUCUGCAGGCUGCAGGAGGCCGUGAUGGGCUCGUUCGGAUUGAACGGCUUACAAUGCAUGCAGCGCGGGAUCAACUUUACCAUCUAUGCGGUGCUUGGUUGCAUUGUGCUACACCUGGUGGCCAUCACGUCGCCGGACCCAGAUCUGAACUCGGAGGCCAGGGACUACUUCACGCGGCACAUGAGGAUUUUGGAGAAGGUCAUGGUUGCGUGGCCCAUGCCCGACAUGCAGAGGCAGAUCGACUCGGUCCGCGAAGCCUUCUCGGCCGACGUCCGGAAGCCGUUUGUCCUCAAGCCGACGUUUCCGUACGGCAGCCCGCACUCGGCAACGCACCCCAGCCCGCCCGGCCGACCGCUGGACCACAAUACGCAGAUGCCGCACUCGCAACAAGUUAGUUACACCAGCCACCACCCCCUCACACCCGUCUCGGUCGGCACCCAGCUGGACAGCAAGAGUGAUUCGCCUGUCGUACAAUCGCUAACCACGAUGGCUUCGGUCCACGGCUCUCAGGCGUCGGGCGUGACACAGACGUUGCCGUUGUCCGAGGCCCCUGCCUGGAAUCCCUCGCGCAUCUUUGACCAAUGGAACACGUCAUUUGGCGCGCCGCAGCUGCAGUCCUCGCCGACGCCGUCGGUCGCGGCCCAGACGAGCUCGCUCACCGUGGGCUCGGCGGCGGCGGCGGCGGCGGGAGGCGUGGAACACGCGACGAGUCUGCAGGACAUGCACCAGUUGCGGACGGGAUCGUCCCAGAUGCAGCCGCCUCAUCCGCACCACUACGCCCCCGCUGCGCCCGUGCAGACUUUUGUCACGCCGGCCAUGUGGCAAGAGUCGGUGGCGAGUGUGUACGAGGGUGGAUUGAAGCGCGCCUGGGAUUACGACGCGCAUAUGUCAGUCAAGCGACACUGA